AUGUCCCCUUCAACACCAAGACGAAAGAUUUUGGUAGUCGGCGCUGGACUUGGUGGCCUCUGUGCCGCCCUGGGCCUCCAGACCGACGGGCACAAAGUCACCAUAAUUGAUGCUGCUCCUGAAUUUGCCGAGGCCGGUGCAGGAAUCAGAAUCCCACCCAACAGUUCGCGACUACUCCUGCGAUGGGGAGUCGACAUUGCCAAUAUGAGCAAGUCAGUCUCGCGGCGGUACCACUUCGUUCGGUGGAAGGAUGGCUCGACUAUCACCAAAAUUCCCAUGGAAAACAUCGUCCAGGAGCACGGGGCACCGUACUACUUGGUGCAUCGUGCGGAUCUGCACGCUGCAUUGCUCAAAGCCGCGACUGAUGCAGGGGUUGAGAUUCACACCAACAAGCGCGUCACUGAAUACGACUUCGACACUCCAUGCGCGAUAACAGUGAAGGGCGAAAUCUUCAGAGCCGACUUUGUCAUCUGCUCUGAUGGCAUCAAAUCCCUGGCGCGACCGCUUUUGACUGGUCAACCAGACAGACCGCGCGACACCGGAGAUGUUGCAUAUCGGAUACUGAUUGCAGGAGAGGACUUGCUGGCCGACCCUGAACUUGCAGGCUUAAUCACUGACCCAUGUACAACUUCAUGGUGCGGUCCAGACGCCCACCUGGUUGGCUAUCCCAUCCGAGACGGUGCCCUGUACAAUAUAGUUGUUUGCGCUACGUCUCACGGGGAGACGACUGAUGAAGUCUGGGUGGUCAAGGGAGACAACGAAGAAUUGUGCAAGCGAUUUGGAAGCUGGGAGCCUCGUUUACAGAAGUUGUGCAAGCUCACCCAAGACUUUAUGAAAUGGCGACUUUGCGACCUGCCGGCCUUGAACACCUGGAUCCACCCAUCCGGCAAAGCAUGCCUUCUCGGCGAUUCGUGCCAUCCUAUGCUGCCAUAUUUGGCCCAAGGAGCAGCCCAAGCUGCGGAAGAUGCCGCUGUCUUGCGUCAAUGCUUGGGGACAUAUGAGGAUUUGAGCGAGGCGCUCAACAAGUAUGAAAGUAUCAGAUUGCCUAGAGCUGCCACGGUCCAGCUGAAGACCCGGGAACACCAGUACAUCUUGCAUGUCGAUGAUGGAGAGAUCCAAAAAGAACGUGACGAAAAGAUGAAGAUGAACGCUGAGCAGAACCCGGUAUUCUGGGGUUAUGAGCCAAGAAGGGAGUGGCUUUUCAGCCAUGAUGCCGAAGCAGCGCUUGAACAAGCGAACAAGGUUUGGACACCUCCGCCCAUCCAGACGGCAGUGGCUACCGGUUAG